AGAAGAACAUCUUCGCUAACGCAGCAUUUUCGAAAUGGCACAUCUCGAGUUCAAGUUUGAGGACGAAAUAACUAAAUACAUUCGGGAACAAGAAUUGGCAACGUCACUGAAAUUCGUAACAUUGAGUAAGGACAAAAGUUUUGGAAAAAAGGGUAAGUUGUCUUCUAUUUUUUGUUGAUAACUAGUAGCUAACUUUUGCUACUCUCAUCUAAAAUGAUGCUAGCUAGCUAGCAUAACAGAUUCCAUUCCAAGCACAGGACCAGAGAGGAACUUCUUUAGUUUCCCUAAAAGCCUAUCAUUCUAAUGGUAAUAUAUCAUAUUCUUGACCUUGAACAGAUGCACAGCCUUUGGCACAGAAAAAACUCCGCUGGGAGAGUAAAAGCCUCCCAUUCAAUGGUGUUCCCUUUCAAGUUGUUGGCACAAAGACGUAUGAAUGCCACCAGGGGAAAGACAGACAAACAAAAGCCAAAGAGAAAUAUGCUGCUGAAAGGGACAAGAAGGAAGUAAGUUAGUAGACGGAUCAAUGUAAUUUAUACCAUACACUUUUACAACAUUAAUUUUAUUUUAAUAAUGUUUUAGUACUAACUAACAAUGGAAUGUUCCUCAAUAAAAUGGAAGAAGAUGGGAUGUUAAAUGGGUGUCCUAACUCUGUGGUCACUAAAGAUCCCAAAGCACUUAUUGCAAGAGUAUGUAAGUGGGGUUAGGGUGGUGAGUUUCCCCAUACACUGUAAAGAGCUUUAGGUGUCUGUCUAGAAAAGUACUAUAAAAGUUGAAUGUAUUAUUAUUAUUAGCUAAAUGUAUUUUGUAAUUUUUUAAAUAAUCUUCCUCAGCUUGAAGACCAUGCCUUUGUACAGAGACGGAAACUGGUACAAAAUACCAAAAAGGUGGACUGCAAGGCUAUAAUAAACAUCGCCCACGUUAUCCGCUUUCCUGAUUUUAAGGUACAUUUUUUUAAAGUAUCAAGGUCUAGGCCUACAGUUGGUCAAAGUCUAAAAAAAUCAGAAUUGCGCUGCCUGUGUAAACGCAGCCUGUGAAACAGCCUAACGCUGUACAUAGUAACAGUACAUAUUUAACAAAUACCACAUUAUUUGAUGUCUAGAUUGAGGAAAGUACAGUGCGCUCUAAAAAGGAGGCCUCCCAAACUCUGAAGGCAGCACUAAGUGAAACACCCAGCUCCGUGAAGGCAGAGGUUGUCUACUGCGUCAGGUUCCCCUCCCUCUCUGAGCAUAGCUCACAUGCAGUUGUUGGUGAGGUAAAUAUAUAUAUAUAAUCUAUAUAAUAGAAUGUUGAUUAAGAUACCCACUGACCCCUUUAUGAUAAACCCAUGUAUUCUUUCUCCAACAGGAAGCUUAUGUUAGGGAAGCUGUAGAUGCCAGGCUGAGAGAGAAGAUUGAGCAGCUGACUCUGUCUGGUGUGAGAAAGAUGACUGAAAUGAAGUGUCAUCUUAACACCUUUGUAGUGGAAGAGCUUUUCUGUGGAGAGCAGCCCCCUCCACCUACUCGCAGGCGGUAUUACCCGACUGACAGUGACAUAAGAAAUGUCAUGUUUAAGACCAAGCAGGCCACCAGAGACCCCAACAUUGAACGUCCAGACGAAGGUCCAUCUAGAAGAGGAAAGAAGAGGUCCUCUAGGAAGGUGUUGCAGUUGAGGAAGCAAUGUGCAGGAUAUCUUAAAGAGAUCACAGACCUCACUUACCAUCUCCAAGAUGAACAGUGCAUGACUGACCUGUCUUCACAUCUCAAAAGCGUGUUGAUGGAUAUGAAGGCCAAUGUUCCACAGGAUACAGGCCUUCCACUGACCUUUUCUCCAAGGAAGAGAAAAGCUGAGAAGGCCAUGGACCCCCUACCAACCAAGAGAGCAUCACACCCUUUCACAGGUGGGGUAGAACAGCAUACAGAGGACAUAGUGAGUGUGGAUACCUUGUUGGCAUUGACCCUAGGGUAGUAAGGCUGUGUGGAGACCUU